UUUAUCAUUUGACUUUCAAAAGGAAAGCAGAAUAUUUGCAGAAUUCCUGAAAUAUUCCUGAAAUAUUCCUUCAAACAUAAUAGUUUUGUAGCGAGUUGGAAUUGGGUCGAUUGUUGAGUCGAUUGGCAUGUCAAAAUAAGAUGCUAGUGACUGCACAAUGAUGGAACAACAAUAAAAAGGAAAGACAAAUAAUACAAAAUAAACACAUAGAUGAGACAUCUCGGUCAAACGUGGAUUUAUUGGUGAUGACAAAAAAUGCUGGUUUAAUCGGCCAUCGGCAGUUAUGUGAUGACUAGCUUCAUGCUAACCGUUGCGCCUGGUGAAGUAGGGAGUGCCCUAGCCCCACAACCACACAACCACACACACACACACACACACACACACACUUCACGCCCCCAGCCCUAUUCGGCCGGGACUAGUCUGAUUAUCUGAUGAUGAUGCCUAUAAAUGUGUUUUUGGGGGGAAAAUCACCUAAUUUGCAUUUAUUUUUAUUCAAGACCAACACUAGUGUGGAUAACCUUGUUUGUCAGUUUUCCGAUGAUCAGAAAACUGUUGUGUUUAAUCUGGAAAAGGUUGUCUGUGUCUUCUGUGUCUGAAUGGCCGUCCAAUAGGGGUCAACAUUGAAGUCUCCUGUGUCCUGAUUGGUUGAUCGUUAUAGGUAAUUGAACGAUGAUAUAGAACUCUCUCUCAAUAAAGGUUUGGGAAAUUUGGUUUAAUUCAAAAAGGGUGAGGUCAGAGAGCGGUUAUUUUCGAAUAGAAUGCCCCUGUUUAUUAAAAGUGCCACUAAAUGUAACAGUCAGCUUCUGUGACUGCUCUGUUUAGGGGGAAUUAGCUUCUUGACUGAAAGUGUCUUAUAAUUGAUACCACUUCUUGUUUCUCAUCGCUUUAUGGCAUUGAGUGCAUUUUUCAUAACACCUGUCACAUGCAGACUUGAUGGUUGGCAAAACAUUUGAGGUAUGCCUUCCCUCUUUUUAGUGCUGAUUGUAUUUAUUUCUCUCUAAUCUUAAAUUGGUUCUGCUUUGGAAUAGGAAAUGAAAUAAGUAUUCUCAUCUCAAGGGAACCGACAAAAACUGAGGUUUUCUUCACUUGUUUAUUGGGUAAAUACUGUAUAUGGUGGGAACGUUUCAGUAGAAAAAGCUAUUAAACUUGCAUUUUUGUGAUGCUUUCAUUGAGUGGUUUGAAUGUCUACCAGCUGGAAGUCGUCUCUGACACAUUUUCCCCUUUAUACGAGGAAAUGAACACCACCUUGAGUAAAUUGUUGAAUGAAACCCAGGCUACAUUCUUUUGUGAUUGCGCAUGCUGAUUAUCUCGACACAAUGGCAGCCAGCAGCAACAAAUACUACAGUAUACAACGUAAUCCAUGUCAUCCAGUAAAGUUUACGCAUUUUUACAACAUAUUAAAAAAGAACCACAAGCUGUUGAAUUGACAGUAGCUUUUCUUGGUAAAUAGUAGCAUGCACCUUCGUUUUAAUAAGAUCAAGGAGCUGCGGUGACGACAGCACACGCCUUAAAGGUAAUAUUUACUCAUGGUGUUGUGUUUAAGGUGCUGUGAGGAAGGCCACAUACACAGCAACCUGUCACUCUGUGGAAGUAGUGGCAGAAGGGUCUGUGUGGAUUAUUAUUGCAGGAAUGGAGGAUAUUUAGGAGGAAUGGCAGGACUGGACCUUUGACUGAACACCAGGAUUUCAUUUUGAAUUCUUCUUGAGAAGUUUCUUCAGCAGACAUGGCUUCGCUGGGGCAGAUCAUCUUUUACAGCAUGGUUACCCUCAUCGUCUUAUUCGCGGCUGUCAUCAUCCUCAUCUUAGCCCUGGCCUUGACAGUGGGGUCAACAGAGGUGUUUAGUAGCAACAAGAUGGCCAUCGCUAACCUCGGGGAGGAUGUACUGCUCAGCUGCUAUCUGAACACAGACAGUCAGGACACCCGGCUGAAAGGUGUGUCGGUGACCUGGCAGAAGACGGGGCUGACGGGACUUGUGUACCAGUAUGAGAACGGAGCUCCAAAACUCAGUGACCAGAACGCCCAGUUUAAAAGGAGAACUCAACUCUUCCCGGAUGCUUUGAUCUCGGGGAACGCCUCCCUGCUGCUGAGGGGGGUGAGUCGCAGUGACGCGGGGGAGUACUCCUGCAGCAUCAGCUCCUCUGCGGGAGGCGGGAAGGUCUCCGUCAACCUGAGAACCGGAGCCUUUUCAGCCCCCACCUUUAAAUUCUCAAACGACAUCCUGACUGCUGAGGCGAGCAGGUGGCUCCCUAAACCCAACGUGACUUGGUCUCACAAUGACGGGGAGUUCCUGAGUGGAAUCACAAACUUCAUAGAAAACUCUGGAGGGAUUUUCAGCUUAGUCAGCACGCUGCAGCCGGUCAACGUCAGCCAGCCCUACACCUGCAGGAUCCAGAACGACCUGGUGACUGCCGUCUCCACUGCGACUGCUACAGGUUCUGAUGUUUCAAGGAACACUUACUUCGUCUACAGCGCUGCAUCAACCCCAUUGGCUUUAACUUGUCUGAACGUUAUGACCACUGUCCUCUACGUGUAUUAUCUCACCUAAACACACACACACACACACACACACACACACACACACACACACACACACACACACACACACACACACACACACACACACACACACACACACACACACACACACACACAUAUGGAUGUGAAUCCUCUUAAUUAUGCACGUGUUACAUUCAGUGAGAGAAUUCAACAAAAGUAUUAAUUCAAAGCUUGCUUGUGUUUAGACCUUUGAAUCCAUCCCCAGUGUAACAGGUAAUCAAUUCUGUCUGAUAUUAGGCAAAUUCAAAAUACAUAUACUCUUUUAUUUCUGAAUAGUAUGGGUUUUUUUUAUUGGUUUCAUUGCAGUGGGUGUUGUUACUGUGUAACAGAAUUGAACUCUUCCAGUAACAUUUCUCAAUCAACUUUUUCUCCAAUCUAUUUGAUGUUUAAACUGAUUUUGCAAUUAUUAUUUGUCAGUAAAAAUGUCCUUUCCUACGAUCUUGA